ACACAACCGAAAACACAGAGAGAUUCUUCCAGAUAAAACAGGGUUGGGGAGAAGCAAAAUACUUGUGACUGACCACUCUGUGAAACAAACAUACAUUUUACAUAUAUAUAUAACAGUCAUUGAGUUGAGAGAUAUAAACAUAUAUUGUGUUUGGGUUUGGGGUUUUGAGAGAUGGAAAUGAUGCCGGAAGGAGGUGGCGGAGGGAGGAGGAAGCCGUCGUCGAGAGAGAAGGAGAAUAACCGGAGGAGAGAGAGACGACGGAGAGCGAUUGCAGCGAAUAUAUACAAUGGGUUGAGAGCACAGGGGAAUUAUAAUUUGCCAAAACAUUGUGAUAAUAAUGAGGUCUUGAAAGCUCUUUGUAAAGAAGCUGGUUGGGUUGUUCUUCCUGAUGGUACUACUUUUCGUAAGGGUUCCAGGCCACCACUGCCUACCAUUGAUACCGGUGCAGGAUCGAAUGCUACAACUCCAUGUUCUUCCCAAAGACCGAGCCCAUCGUCUUCAUCAUUCCCUACCCCGAUCCCAUCAUAUCAAUGCAGCCCGUCAUCCUCGUCGUUUCCGAGCCCGUCCACCCUGGACAUGAACAAGAACCCGUUUGCGUAUCUUAAUAACACCAUCCUGGCUUCACUCCCCCCUUUGCGUAUCUCAAACAGUGCCCCCGUUACCCCACCGCUCUCGUCCCCGAUUUCAAAGUGCCCGAAACCGAACAAUUUCAACUGGGAGUCAUUUAGCAAGCAAUCAAUUUCUUCUUUCAACUUGCCGGUCUUCGCGUCAUCUGCACCUACGAGCCCUACGAAGUACCAACGGUUCACACCAGCAACCAUACCCGAGGGUGAUGAAUCUGAUUGCUCCACCAUUGACUCAUGCCAAUGGGUGAGGUUUAAGAACUACGAGCCGAUGUUGACGAACCCCAACUCGCCAACUUUUAACCUGGUGAAACCGGUGGCUCCGGCAGCUGAAGCCGAUGAUGGCGGUUUUGAUAAGGGGAAAGGGAUGGAGUUUGAGUUUGAAAAUGGUGGUGUGAAGGCUUGGGAAGGAGAAAGGAUUCAUGAUGUUGGGAUGGAUGAUCUUGAGCUUACUCUUGGAAGUGGGAUUUCUAAAAUAUAAUGUGUGUUUUAUUGUUUUAAGUUAUGGUUAUUCUAAAGUUUAUUAAUUUUUUAAAUGAUUUUAGAGGUUAGCAUACCAGUGAAUUUUCUUGAAGAUGCACAUUUAUGAUUCAAUAGUGGAAUUUAUGAUGUCUUUUGAAUUUUGAUGAAGUGAUUGCAGACUCAUUUUACAUA